AUGUACCGAACCAAGGAGGCAGUGUCUAGCUGGCUUGACGAAAUUCCUCUUAUUCCCUGUAGUUUUCUGCCUUCUUUAGUUGCCGCCGAACAGCAGGUCAGGCAUCGAAAUAAACGGCGGAAGCUCGAUGUUCGCUCUGAUAAGCUGCCAUCGCCACCAAUCUCUGAGCCUGUAGUGUCGUCAAAACACGAUAUGAAUCCGUCGACCCCGAAUGCCUCUACAAAGAAGAGGUUUCGGGAGGAUGACGAGCAAGACGCCAAUGUCUUGAACUUGCAAGACGACACAACACCACGACCCUCUCGACCCCAGGACGAUCCUGUACACUCGAGUCUCGAAUGGGAGCCGUUUUCUGUCCCGUUCGGCCGAGCGCACUCGCAAACGUCUUCGUCACAAGUAUCCAGCAGCUCCAUCACAUCAGGCUCAAUCCCACGUCUCAAGAAACCCAAGCCUGUCAGCAAUCGAACGUCCCCGACACGCCAGAUGCGCAACGCCGAGUUGGCCGAGACCGGCUUCAAUACAGACAGCCUCCGAAGCAAUAUGUGUCCGCCCAAACUCAAGGCCCUGUGGGAGGAGCUUGACACCAUUAGCCAGUGUUCUGGUAUCUUGCCAAUCACGCUGGAGGCAAAGUGGAAGGAAGCUGGUGCUAGAAUUCCGGUGUAUUCCUUUGAUCGAAGCGAACCACCACAGGAAACAAGUACUCAACUUCCAGAUUUCGAGUGGGUGCGACAUCUUUACCAACGUGCCAAAGAUUGCCGCUUCAACCGCGAGAGCGAGUUGUCGUGGAAUGGCGAUGUUCACGCGCCCAUCCUGGAACACAUCUUUCGGACCGGUCGUUUCAAGAGUAAAGGCCUAGUCGACUUUCGCUGGGCCCAGUCUGCUCAAAUUAUCGCCGAUUUCAAACCGAAGGAUGCCCCCGCAAAGAUGGUCGACUUCUGUGUCCUCUACGAACCAGAGCGAGGCAGCGACGAAGAGAAAGCCAUCGAGACCACAUCCUCAACACGUCCUGGCAGAUCCAUCAACCAUACCGACAGUUCCAGAGACCUUUGUCAACGGCCGAUCGCGCUGUCCAUCGAGACUAAGCGUCCUCACAUGGAAGGCGACUCUGCUACAUUGCAGAUCAGUACGUGGCACUCUGCUCAGUGGCGCAGUUUGAGAUACGGCCCGGCCACAACAACGAGGACGAUCGAGUUUCUUCCAGGGAUAAUUGUCCAAGGCCAUGAGUGGCGCUUCGUGGCCAGUGUCCUCGAUUCAAACAACAAGUCAUGGCUGUUGGAGGAGGUCAGGCUUGGUGGCACAGAUUCCGAGAUUGGUAUCUAUGCCUUGGUUUUGACAUUACAGCGUUUGCGGAAGUGGAUGAUUGAGGAUUACUGGCCAACAUUUAAAGCGGAUAUCCUGGGCAUUGGCACUACAUCAUUGCAAAGCGGAUGA